UCAUCUUCUCCUCUUCAGUCCAAUAAGAACGACUUCCGUCGGAAGUGGGACAAGGACGAGUAUGAAAACCUCGCUCAGAAACGACUGGCGGAGGAGAGAGACAGGGAGAGGAGAGAUGGGAAAAUUGCUCCGCCGGUCAAACGGGAACUCCUGCGUCACAGGGACUACAAAGUGGAUCUGGAGUCUAAACUGGGAAAGACCAUUGUCAUCACUAAGACCACUCCUCAGGCGGAGAUGGGCGGUUAUUACUGUAACGUCUGUGACUGUGUCGUCAAAGACUCCAUCAACUUCUUGGAUCACAUCAAUGGAAAGAAACACCAGAGGAACCUUGGCAUGUCGAUGCGUGUGGAGCGUUCGUCUUUGGAUCAGGUGAAGAAACGUUUCGAGGUGAACAAGAAGAAGCUGGAGGAGAAGCAGAAGGAGUAUGAUUUCGAGGAGCGCAUGAAGGAGCUGCGGGAGGAGGAGGAGAAGGCAAAGGCCUACAAAAAGGAGAAGCAGAAGGAGAGGAAGCGACGGGCAGAGGAUGACGUGGACUUCGAGGAGGACGAUGAGAUGGCGGCAGUCAUGGGUUUCUCAGGCUUUGGCUCGUCCAAGAAGAGUCACUGAUGCUCCACGACAUGAGACAACACGGUGUUAGAGACCACAACCAGACUGUAAACUCAGGACAGACGAGUCCUGGCUUUUAUUUUGGUAGUUUUAUCCGUCACUCUGUUGUGAUGACGCCUACUCCUGCAGCUUCCUGUCAGAGACACAAGUAAACGAUCGUUGACGCCUGCGAUGAAGCUGCCGAGCGAAAAGUCGUCAGAGAAACGAUGGACGGACGCGUUCAAGUUCCUGCAGAAAAAAACGAAUUCAAUUUUUUUGUCAGCUUUUCCUCAUUUUUGCUUGACAUCAAAAUAAAGUUUGACAGAAACAAAGAUUCUUCAUGACAACAAAGAAAAGCUCAAACAGCUUCACUCAUU